CUUGGUUUUUUCCUUUCUUGCACAUAUCCCAGCCGCGACCCUUUGAGACGUGCCGUGCCGUGCCAGGUGGUACCUACCGGUCGAGAGAAGUAUCCGAACCAAGGCAACCCGGAUGCCUCGACUACCAAGAGCAAACAUCAGCCGCCUCGCCUGUGGCCGUGUCUGGGUGGCCAAGGUGACGUAGAAGAAGCAACAUCCGCCAACAAGGCCGAGAGGGGCAGCCACUUCAUCGUUUCCCCCCCCUUCUCUCUCUCUCUCUCCCAACUCAGACAGACGCGCGAUGUCAUACAGGUGGGAAGCGACACCGCACCGCCCGUCCACCUUACCUCCGGGCACGCCAGUCCCAGGAACGGGGGGGGGAGGUCCCAUGAUCCUUCAGCAUCUCACGAUCCCAUGGUCCCAUGAUCCUCAUGCCCUCCUCGUGCUGCCCCCGGUGUGCAAACCGGCCCGAGAUUCUCGACGACAAGAGGCCAAAAAUGCAAUCUCUUCUUCGUCUAGCCUUUCCGUGACCAUUUCCACUACUGUGGUACAACGGGGGAACCGCCUCGUCCGCCGGCAUCGCACAUGUGGUCCGUCCCACCGGUUUCCCCCCCUUACUCGCCAAUGUAACUACCCUGCGGAACCGACCUCGUUCUACCGGGGAGCAGGAGAGCACGCUUCCGGGGCCGUUUCGCGUCGCCCCGAGGAUAGAACGCCGGCAGAAUCCUCGGGACUUUUUUUCUCCCCCCUUCUUCUUUUCUUUCCCUUCUUGUUUGCUGGCAGAAUUGAGUGGGAAUCCCCAGCAAAUAUCGCAAAAGUGUCACUUCUCAACCGCCCGUAAACGACCACUCUCCCACCCCUCCGAUAGUGACAACUCAUGACCGCCUCACCAUCGUCGGUGUACGAUGGACAGUGAGACUUCUCACGAUGAAAACUCGCUUCCCAAGCCCUAACACCCGCAUUGGUUUCGUUCCCUCCCCUUCAGAGGGAACUUCUCCCGUAGCCUUCUUUUCGUCCCCCCCAAACCUUACCACGCAAAUGAUCGCAACCCGUGACCAACAGCUCGGUAGGCUCAGCCCGUCGGCUUCUCUCCCGCGCC